AUGGACAAACAGGAGGCAAGAGAUUUCCUGACUUCGCUUCUCAACAAGAACCUACGCGUCCUGGCUACUGAUGGCCGUAUGUUUCUUGGUCAAUUCAAGUGCACCGAUCCGGAUCGCAAUGUAGUACUAGCUCAUACCUACGAAUAUCGACAGCCAUCAGCGCAGCAGCGGGCUGAAGCCGCAAAGAAGGCUACAGAAGGGAUCACCUCGGUCACGAUGGACAUGACAUCCCGGUACCUGGGCUUGGUCGUGGUGCCUGGGCAGUACAUUGUGAAGAUUGAAGUAGAAGAAUUCACGAGUCAGAUCGGGAGCCGGAAUCCAUACGCCGACGUUGUCGUAUAG